GCUUCCACUAAUUCAAAAAGCCUCAAAAAGAAAGAAAGAAGAGGUCUUUCAUAUCUUUUGGUACUUUUUGUCAAGUUUAUAAAACUUCUUAGCAGUGUUUAUACUUUCAUAACACAUCUGACCCCAUUCUCCUCUUCCUACUAACAUCCUUACUCAAAGCUUAGCCAGUAUGAGGACUAACUUACUUGGUCUGAAAACUAUCAGAAGCCACAUUAGGCAAUCUGUUCACUGGAACAGCCUUGGCAUCAUAGUGUUCCUUGUUUUCUGUGUAACUCUUCUGACUGUUGUGGUGAUCUUAACAUGCCCCCAGGUUUUAGAGGGAAUUAUCAUCACCAGGGUGACUGGGAUAGAGGAAUUGCAAAUUUUGAAGAGGAAAUGAGAGGAGAUCAAGCUCGUCAACAACAACGAAGUUACGGUAAUCAAUUUUCAUUCUUCAUGGAGGAUGUUGUUGAAGCAAGUCCUGUUUCACUAGUAGAUGGUGAACUGGAUAAACAUGUAGAAAAUGAAAAUUGCCAUCAUUUGAGAGUGAAAGUAGUUAUGAAAGGGAACAAGAAACAGGAGCUGGAAAGGGAUACUGAAAACGACAAUAGUAAUGAUAAAGUUGGUGGUGAUUGUCUUGAAGAAGAGGAACAACAGAUCGUCUCAUCAAGGGUACAUAAUUUUGCUGAGGGUGUCUGGGAUUGCUAUUUCGGACGAGAUUACAUUUGGGACGACUAAUAAAUUAACCGUAAUGAGAAAUGAACAGACUCGAGCUGCACAUAUGGUCCUCAUUCAGUGUUAUAUCUAAUUGGCCUCCACUGGUUGAUUCCUUCUGGUCGAGUUACUAACUUUCUCUGUGCACCCACUGAGUUAUGCUAUAUUUUUGAUGAGCUCAGUUACUCUUUCCAAUAAAUGGGUGUAGAAAAAAUGUGAUCAACUUUUACAUUAAUGCAUGUUGGAUUAACUUCAACAUAGAAGUCACUAACAAGUUGGUUAGGAUAAGAUUAGGAAAUUGAUGUAAUCCUAAGGAAAUUAGAAGUCAUCUAGUUCUAAGAAAAGAAAAGACAUGUAAUAAGG